GCCGCUAUAAAUUUGAAAGGUAAAAAAUCCUCUUCCAUUAAUUCAAAGGUGCUAAGGAAUCAGAAAAAGGAAUACUUACAGCAAAGAUGCUUCGAACGCAGAUUUUGGCGGGAAUUUGCUGUCUGCUCGUCACUGUUGCCAGUUUAAUAGAAUGUCGGUAUCUAGAUCAAGACGACACACCACGUUUCAAACGCCAGACGGCAGACAUGAGAUUAUCAGAAUUACAUGCCCUCAGAGAAAUACUCAACAGAUUACCCACUGGAUGUUCGCAAUACGCAUGCGGAAUAGUGGAUAUAUUUAGAAGAUAUGACAAGAGAUCGUGGUCAGAUCAGCGAAUAGCCGAACUUAAAGCUCUACUAGCUUUGAAGAACCAAGGGAAUGAUAUUGCUCACGGUCUUUUUGAUCCUUACAAGAUAUUUGUCAGGAAACGCACUUCUUCUGAUCAACGUAUUGCAGAACUUCAAGCGCUUAUUGCGUUAGUUCAUGGGCGCGGUAACGUUGCACACGGACAGUUAGACCCAUCUAUCAUUGGCAGAAGAAAACGUGCAGUUGAAAAGCUAAAUAGAGUGUUUUCGAAACGAAGAGCUUUUGCUGAGGAAGAAACGAGCCAUUGAAGUGUUGUGAUUUUUAAUUUUUAUGCACGGAUCUCAUCCCCGGCCCGGUCGAGGUGCCUGGUUACAGAGUAUUUAUUUUGGAACGUGAGGAAUUGGAUGACAGAUUAAUAAAUAAAUCGUCCUUAUGUCAUUUUGUGUUUUGUCUCAGGAACCCAGCUGUGCUGGUUGUCUAAUGUUUGUAUGUCUGUUUGUUAAGAUGUUUAAAUUAAAGUAUAUUUGUAUUUUA